UUAAGAUUAGACAUGUCUCGUCUUGUGUUUCUCUUUAUCAUCUCCAUGCUCAUUAAUCUGUCACAAGGAGUGCAAAUGCCUUACAUGACCACUGAUCCGAAAGAAGUCGCUGGCAAGUCAUUCGAUUACAUUGUUGUUGGAGGUGGUACCGCGGGAUGUUCCUUAGCCGCGACUCUUUCUGAAAAAUACUCUGUUUUGGUCAUUGAACGCGGUGGCUCGCCUUUUGGAGAUCCAUUUGUAGAAGAAAGAAAGUACUUUGGAUACCCACUGCUGAAUACAGAUGAAUACUCAUCUGUUGCGCAAAGUUUCACCUCUCUAGAUGGAAUCGAAAACUACAGAGGGCGUGUUCUUGGAGGCUCGAGCGCUAUAAAUGGCGGAUUUUACAGCCGAGCUAGCGAUGAGUUUGUAAAGAAAGCUGGUUGGGACAAGGACCUCGUUCAAGAUUCUUAUAAAUGGGUUGAAUCUAAGGUUGUCUUCAUGCCUGAAUUGACUCAAUGGCAAUCUGUUGUGCAAUUUGGGUUUCUUGAAGCAGGGUUUUAUCCAUAUAACGGGUAUAGUUUGGAUCACACGCUAGGGACAAAGAUCGGUGGAAGCAUAUAUGAUCAGUGUGGGAAAAGGCAUACAUCUGCAGACCUUUUGGGAUUUGGUAAACCAAAUUGCACCACUGUUCUCUUAAACGCAACGGUAAAGAGCAUAAUAUUUGAUGGUAAUAAAACUCGCGCUGUUGGGGUCAGGUUUAUGAAGAGUGAUGGUAGCUCAAGUAAGACCUACAAAGCUCAUGUUGAGAAGCAUAGAGGCGAAGUUAUACUCACUGCUGGAGCUUUAGGUAGUCCGCAGAUUCUUCUCUUAAGCGGCAUUGGACCCGAGAAUCAUCUAAAAGAUCUUGACAUUCCUGUGGUUGUCGACCUCAAGCAAGUCGGAAGAAAAAUGUCGGAUAAUCCAGCGAUCUCUCUUCUUGUUGAUAGAUUCUCGCAAAAUCGCACGCUCGAGCCACCUCAAGUUGCAGCAAUAGCAGAAGGUUUCAAAUUCAUACUCGAAUCCGAAGUUCUUCCAACUAACAUUACCACAACAAGAAUCUCCAUAGCAGCCAAGAUCGCGUUCCCUAAAUCCAAAGGGAGGCUCAAGCUCAACAGCACAGACCCUAGGGAGAAUCCGUCAGUGAAAUUCAACUACUUAGAGAACAAGGAAGACCUUGACGCAUGCCAAGAGAUGGUUCUGCAUCUUCAACAUGUAGCAAGGUCAGAGACUGUGACGUUUUUCUUGGGGACACAGGCACAGGAUAAGCUUGUGGCGGGUGAUGAAGAGCUUAAGAGCUUCUGUAAACAGAACGUGGGAACUUAUUAUCAUUACCACGGCGGUUGCGUUGUGGGAUCUGUUGUGGACGAGGACUAUAAAGUAGAAGGUGUGAAACGGUUAAGAGUCGUUGAUGGUUCAACGUUUGAAGAAUCACCAGGAACUAACCCUAUGGCCACAGUUCUAAUGCUGGGAAGGUAUCAAGGAAUCAAAAUACUCAAGGAACGAGAAGCCAAAGAAGAAGAAAGGUUCCUUUCCCCUCAAGGAAGCCCACAACCACAACCCUAAACAUUAAAAUCCUUGUUUGUGUUGUUGAUUGCCACAAUGAGAAUGAAUCACGUUCUUGAAUUAUUUCAAUUUCAGUAACAAAAUACAACGAAUUCUGGAAAUUGAUUUUAGAAAACGAAAAAAAAAA